AAACUAUAAAAAGGGACUCCUAUGAGAUCGUGGCAGCUUCGCACCUAUGCUAACUACAUUCCCUACACUCCCUAGGGUUUCUCACUCCAUUUCUCUGCAUUCGCUCACCUUCCAUCACCUCCAUGGCCGGAAUCAAGCUCUCGCCGGAGGAUUCUGAGUUCUCCCAGCCCUCCCGAGCUCCGGCCUCCGCUGACCUUGCAUCCGUCGUCUCUGACGACGAUCGUUCUGUCGCUGCCGAUUCUUGGUCGAUUAAGAGCGACUACGGGAGCACUAUGGAUGACGAUCAGCGUCAUGCAGAUGCCGCCGAGGUGCUCUCCUCCACUGUCCUAGGCUCUGCCGAUUACAGUUCUGACAAGGAAGAGCCAUAUGUUGAAGUUGACAACUCAAUGCUAGGUUUACAGAGUCAUUGGGAUGCAACAUAUGCAGGUGACUUGGCAAACUUUCACGUGCAUGGCCAUGCUGGUGAAGUUUGGUUUGGUGCUGUAGUCAUGAGUGUGGUUGCAUCCUGGACAAAGAACCUCUGUAUAGACAUUUCUCAAGGUUGUAUGCCAAAUCUCAGUGAUUUCAAAUCCAAGUCAUUUGAGCAAUUUGAAAAAGAUUUGGCUAGAUGGAGAGUGCUUGAUGUUGGAAUUGGCAACGGUCUACUUCUUCAAGAACUUGCUAAGCAAGGGUUCUCUGAUUUGACUGGAAUUGAUUAUAGUGAAGGUGCUAUUAACCUUGCUCAGAACCUUGCUGAUCGUGAUGGAUUCACCAGCAUUAACUUCUUGGUUGAUGACAAUCUUGAGACAAAAUUGGAGAGGCAGUUCCAACUUGUUAUGGAUAAAGGAACUUUAGAUGCUAUUGGGUUGCAUCCUGAUGAUCCCAUCAAAAGGAUUAUGUAUUGGGAUUCUAUCUCAAGGUUGGUGGUGCCUGGUGGUAUAUUGGUGAUUACAUCAUGUAAGAGUACAAAAGAUGAAUUGAUGCAAGAGGUGGAUGCUUUCAACCGAAGAAGGCUCAGUUCCUCCCAGGAGCCAGAGAUCCCGAAGGACCAAGAUGCACCCAGAGAUUAUCCAUUUAAAUACCUGAGUCAUUUUCAAUCUGAUAGUACAUCAGUGUUAGGAGUGGUAGGCUCACUAGUUGUCACUGUUGCAUUUCUUCGAGGCUAAAAGUGUUCUUACACUUCAAUUUUAUCAAAUCUCUUUCAGGUCAGUCUUGACAUUUCACGUUAGAGUGAAUGCCGUUGUUUUAUUUCAUCUAGGGCACUGUUUUCCUGUUAGAAAGAAAUGUGGAAUGUGCUUACGUCCAGAAAAGAACCUGCUUACAUUUGGGAAAUUCUGUACUUUUUUACUCUAUAUUCUUUUUUUAUGUAUAAAGAAGAACAAAUCUUUUGGUGUA